CCCUGUCAUUCCUAUAGAUGCCAUGGAGUAGAUGAUGGAGGAGGAGGCGCAGGAGCAGGAGGAGGAGGCGCAGGAGGAGGAGGCGCAGGAGGAGGAGCAGCCAGGGCCCUCCCACGGUUGCCAAAACCCCUCACCACCACCACCACAGGAUGAAGAGGAGGGGGAUUCCUCCACAAGUUUUGUGGCCUACACUCCAAUUCAGGAGAAAAUUCUAAUUGUCCAACAAAUUACAAAAAAAAUAAAACAAAUGAAGAAGGAGCACAAGGAGGACAUUUGCGACAUACAUCGCAAAAUAAGAGUUAUGGAGCAGAAACAUGAGAGAAGAAUUGCCGAGAUUGAAAAUCUUCUCAACAAGUUGGGAUAGUCCCUUUUCUUUAUUUUUUUUGUUCUUAAUCUAGUGGCUUUUCCUUUCCCUUUUCCACUACGUUGUUUGUUUUGCUACUUUUUAUCCUGAUAUUGGUUCUCUGGGUGUAUUCUAAUUAUGGACUAAAACCUUUGAAUGCCUUAUUGCUGUUUAUAUCCAGUACCAUAUCUCUGUUAUGAUUUAUCUUUAGCUCUGAAUUCUGUAUUCCAUGUACUAGUAUCCAUACUGUUAGCUCCCCAUCUUCUGUGA